AUGUUCUUGCAGUCUGUCUUCGCGCUUUCCCUGGCGCUGCCCUCUCUUUCAACCGCUGCAAGACUCUUUGCAACCCACUACGAUGGCAACGUAUACUCGCUCAACUUGGACGGGGAAGGCGACAAAUUCUCGCUCACGAAGACUCACAACCUGACCACGUGCGGCGGUGCCGGCUCGACGAGUGCGUUGACCGUCGACCCUGACCGCGGGCUGCUAUGGUGUGUUGGUGAAGGCACUCCCGGCGCAUUGACCGCGUUGCAGGUCGAGAAGGACGGGAAGUUUAAGGAGGUCGUGACGGUAGAGACACCUCCUGGCGGUGUCGAUAGUGUCAUGUACGGAAAGGAGAAGCAGUUCCUCGCGAUCGCGCAUUAUGGCAACUCUUCCAUCUCACUCUUCAACAUUCCCUUCGCGGACAAGCAGAAAGUGAACCCCUUCGAUGUGGUGAGGUUGCCCCAGCCCAAAAAUGUUACCGAAAAACAGCCCAAGUCGCAACCGCAUCAAGUGCUUCUCGACCCCACCGGAUCGUUCCUCCUAUCGCCGGAUCUGGGAUCCGAUAAGAUGCAUGUGUUUGCGAUUGACCAGAAGUCGGGUAAACUGAACAAGUGCGGAUUCAACUCGACUAUCCAUUUUGCUCCAGGAAGCGGGCCGCGUCAUGGAGUGUUUGUGACCUCGAGUGAAGCUCACCACGCCUGGCUGGGCAGCAAACCGCAUGGCGGGCGGCUGACAAGGCGCAACGGAGAAAAGGCGGUAUUGUAUACCGUAGAAGAACUCCGCGGCUAUAUGUGUCCGUUCGACGUGUCAUAUAGGAAUGGCGGGUGCCCCGAAUUCAAGCAGUUGACGGCCUGCUUCCGCCCGUACCCCGGCUCAAAGUUUCCCUCGGAUAAAACGACAUUAGGUGAAAUCCGGGCAGCGGGACCGACCCUGCAUAUCUCGGUCCGCAAGGAUGGUAAAUUUGAUGGCAAUGAUUCCCUGGUCACCUUGAAACCAGGACAGACAGAGGUGACCGACGCCGACCUGUUUUCGUCCGGUGGCAAGACCCCGCGCAGCUUCGUGAUUAACAAGAAGGGGGAUCUGGUCGCGGUCGGUAAUCAAGAUUCGUCCACGGUAGUCAUCCUCAAGAGAGAUCCGCAGACUGGGAAGUUGCUCAGUGAAGUCGCUUCUCUGCUGGUUGGCGAGGCGCCCGCGGAGGGAACUUGGGGUGGCUUGAGUAGCAUCGUCUGGUACGAGUAG